GCAUACUGAAGCGGAAGCAUGUAUAAUACUCUGUAAUCUGAGAAAAGAAAAAAAACAGUAUUUAAUAUUAAUUUAAGACAUAUUUAAAUGCAAUAUGUUAAAAUAAAACAUAUUGAUAAUAUUGGGGCACCAUGAAGAUCAGCUGCAGCUUCAUCUGUGUAUUUGCAGUGCUGAUCAAUAAAGUGUGUCUGCAGGUCACAGUAGAGGCUGUUAUCGGUGGUUCUGUUGUCCUGCCGUGUUCAACUGAACAUGAUCUUAAACUUCUAGACACUGAAGUGCACUGGAGACACAAUGGCAGCAAGAUUGUGUUUGAUAUAAUCAAGGGUGAAGAUUCACUAGAGAAUCAGGGCCAAUGGUACAAGAACAGAGCUGAAACUUUCCCUGAAGAGUAUGUGAGAGGAAACUUCUCCAUCAAACUCUCUGGUCUCACUCACACUGAUGCUGGAAAAUACAUCUGCCUCAUCACCCCCUCAGAUGAACAGAAGACAGUAGAGCUGAUCAUCAACGACUUUUUUGUUGGAGAAACAACAAAAGAAAAAGGAAACAAAUCCACUGAUCAAGAAACCAGACCAGACCGUGUCGAGAAACCGUGGCUUUGGAUCCCGGUUGUCAUUCUAUUAACCAUAAUACUGGGUUUACUUUUCUUUCUAAUUAUCUUUAGAAAAAAAAUCCCAAGCUGCCUUAUGUCAGGUGAACAUGGCCUGGGUUCAGAUUCUCAUGAGGUUGUGAGCCCUGUCCCACGUUAUAAAUCAGUAACUGCUGCUGAUCUUGAUGAAGCAGGUAAAUGACACAGAUGUGCAGCUUGGUGCACUGGCAGCAAUUACACGAGCUUUCGCACUAAACAAGGAAAAAAAAGGAAACAGGAACAUUUUUAGCUGAAGUUAAAGGAGAAUGAGGCUGUCAGUAUGAUGCUGCCUUAACAGUUCUGUACUGAAAGUGUUAUAUACAGGGUCCCCACGCUUCUUGAAAGUACUUGAAUUUCAGACAUAUGGAUUCAAGGCCCGGAAAGUACUUGAAAAGAAACAUAGGUCCUUGAAAGUGCUUGAAUUAAAUUUGAAAUAA